AUUGACGUAUCUUAAAAUUUUUGAGUUUCUGAAGUCUAGCAGGCCUGUAAGAACAAAAAUCAUUCUGCAGGAAUUAAAAACAGAAUCCAGUCUUGGCAACACCCACAAUGUCUGAUGUAUCGUCAAUGUCUAGUGUACAAUCAAAAUUUGCUAAACCUGCAAAGAAACAGGAGAAUGUCACCUAUAUGGAAAGAGGGCAGUUAAUGGAAACUGAUGAGGAAAUGGCUCCGAUAAUCGAUUUAAAAUGCAUGGAUGUAUCAGCAGUUAUUAUGAAUAAGUUUAAGAUCUUAAUGGAAAUUCAAGACCAGAUGUUUGAGGAGAUGAGGGAAACUCUUAAAAAUGACCUAAAGGCAAUUUUAGGAGCAAAAGCUACAAUACCUGACAAUCCUAAUGAAUACAAUAGUAAUGAAGGUAAGAAAUCACCCCAGAAUGAAUCACGAAUUUACGAAGUCAUGGGAAGUAUAGAAGAAACCUUAUGCAACAUAGAUGACAGACAGAGAAAUCGCCACAUCCAUUUAGAACUUACAGAAGGGGAGAGUAGGGAGAAUGGAGAGAAUGAAUUUCUCGAAGUGAGAGAGGAAAGGAAAAUUCCGAAAUUGAAGAAUAAAGAGAAAAUUUUAAAAGCCUCCAAAGAAGAAAAAAUGUUGAUGGAUGGAGGAACGGUACUUACCCUGGCAGCUGACCUUUCAUCAGCAACACUGGGUAUUAGCAAGCAAUGGAGUAAUGUCUUCAACAUUCUCAGAGAACAUGAUUUUGAACCUAAAUUUCUAUGCGAUGUUAAAUUAGCAUUUAAAUGUGAUGGUGAAAUAAAGACAUUUUCAGAUCUGCAAAGCCUUAGAAAAUUUGCCAGCCAAAAAUCUUCUAUGAAGGAAUUACUGAAAGAGGUACUCCUACAAAAGGAAGAAAUAAAUCAAGGAGGAAGAUACGGAAUUCAAGAAAAAGGGGGUAAAACCCUAAUAGACUCAAAACACAGAGCUGGAGAAAUGACCAAGGAUGGCUUGAACUUUCUAUUUAUUAAAGAAGUAAAAGUUUCUAAGCCAGAGGAGAUGAACAACGUAGAGACACAAGAGGAAGAGUUUUCUGAGCUAGAGUUGCUGGAUGAAGAGGGCUCAGGGAUGGAGGAUGAUGGAGAAGAGACCUCAGAGCUGGAGGAAGAGGAAGACGAGGCCUCAGGAUUAGAGGAGGAGGAGGAGGAGGAGGAAGAGGAGGAGAAGGAGGAACAGAGUUCAGUGUACUCUAAGGAAACAGAAGAAGAGAGACACAGAGCUCUGCAGACAGAAGAACUAACAUCCAAAGAAGCAGACUUAACACAGGAAAUAGAAGACUUGAGUAGUGUGAUUAAUAGCAUCAGAGAGAUACAAGAGGAGAUUAGAAAUUUGAAAAGUUCCCAUCCAGGUGUCUUGGAAAUUAAUUCACCUGAGAAAGAGGACUGA